AUGAAUAAACAACAUGUCACUCUGUUAGUGUUCCUAGACCUCAGUGCUGCAUUUGAUACAGUGCAGCAUGACAUAUUGUUACGACAUCUUAAAUAUAAGUUUGGGAUUUGUAAUAAUGCGCUUGCGUGGUUUCGAUCAUAUUUGGUGAACAGAUCCCAUCGUGUAGUCAUAGAAAACAUAAUGUCGGACAGUUUUGAUAUGAAGUAUGGUGUGCCUCAAGGGUCUUGUUUAGGUCCAUUGUUGUUUAUCCUGUACACAAGCAAACUGUUCGAUGUCAUCCACCAUCAUUUGCCCACCGUGCAUUGGUUUGCUGACGACACGGAGUUAUAUCUCGCAUUUAACCCAAGUAGCAAUAAUGCUCAGGAUGCUGCCAUUUCAGCUAUGGAGAAUUGCCUGCGAGACAUCCGGAAUUGGAUGAUUACUGAUAGGUUGAUAAAGUAA